AUGGCUCACCUUCCUUUCAACUUUCAUGCUUAUCUAGAGAACCAGACAGGCGCUAAAGGUUGGCAAGUCGAAGAGCUCAGUGGCGGCGCUGCAAAUUAUACAGUGCGCGUAGGCUUCCCGAAGAAUGACAACAAUCCAAGCGAAAAGCUCUCGCCCGGCAUCGUGCUAUCUGACUCUUUUGAUGCCCUCUUCACCUCUGUUUCGUCUGUUGUCAUCAAGCAAGCGCCGCCUUUCCUCGCAAAACACCCAGAGAUACCAUGCUCCCCUCAACGACAGGUUAUUGAGGCAGAAGCCCUCAAGGCAUUCCGUCUAACGCUGGGUGUUGGGGGAGCCAGUACCCUUCCUCAUGUUCUUCCGCAAAACCCUUGCAUCAUGGUGCCAAGACUGUUGCUUUACGACAGCUCUAAUAACAUUCUCGUUCAAAGCGACCUUGGAUCCUUACCCAACUUGUAUGACGUUUUGACCAACCCUGAAACAGCCCCUUCUCUUUCUUCCCAACUUGGGGAAAUAGCUGGUCAUUUUCUGGCAGAUAUGCACGACCCUUCCAUCCUUGACAGUAUUUCUGCCGAUAAAUUCGUCAACGAGGACUCUGACCGAGUUAUGGAGGCGGUUAUAGCAGAGGCCGCCCGUCAUAUGCGGGACGCCGGGAUUCCCGACUUCAAGUCGCUCGGGCAAGCAGCUUUGAAACACUGGAGGACUCGCCAGAAGACCGUUUUCGCGCAAGGUGACAUAUGGUUCGGCACUCUCUUGAUUGACCUCGAGGCUCCGUUGAUGCGCACCGACGUCGACAAAAAUCCCCAUACCGUAGCUGUCGGGAUUUGUGAUUGGGAGUUUGCAGGGCCCAACGAUGCUGCUGCUGAUGUUGCCCAACUUGGAUCUUAUCUCCACCUUCUGUCUCUUUCCGAAAUGGCCACGUUGGGGCCACACGAGACCAUUGCUGGAUUUGCGGAGGCUUUCUACUCCACAUAUUUCAAAACAUUGAAGUCCCCUCCCAACGCCGACUUUUGGAGGUCGCUGCUAAUAAUGCAUGGAUGGGAAAUGAUCAAUGCUGCUGGUUGGGGCUCACGACAGCAUCUGUGGUGUCAUUGUGAAGGCUCAGGUGUCAGAUGCAACCAUAUCAGAACCAUAAUCGAAGAAGGAGCAGAGAUUUUGAGGGAGGCAGCAGACCCUCGAGACGAGAGUAUGUCUCACAAACUGAUUCAGCGGCGGUCUCUGGAAGAAAUUCCUUGGGUGCGGCGCUUUUGGCCCGACCUCAUUCGAUCUAAGGGCGCCGUUCCUGCUUGA